UGUGACACGUGGCCCCUUAGUGUUUUGUCCUGUCUUCACCAGACAAUCCUUCCCUCCCAUAAAGCCACCAAAACCCUAAACGCCAGAAGAACCCACAGAGAGAUCUCAAACUAAAGUAGCUUAGCCUAGAAAUCUCGGAGAAAAGCUUCUCUCAGCCGUUGAAUCAUGGUCAACCCUGUUACUCUAGCUCCUCAAUCUCCCGAGGGAUUUUACGCCAUCAACAACCCAUUUCUAGUAAAUGGUCCAAAAGGAUACAUCGAGUUCAAGACAUUGGAGAAUGAAGACAUGUACAUACGGUUCGAUGUUCCCGGAGUUCCAAACAACGGCGUCAAUGUCAUUCUCGACCAGUCAAACAAAGCCGUGUGUAUCUUGGGCGACGCACCCAAGGAACACAAGUACGACGCCUCUGUUCGGAGCUACAACGGCACCACCCUAAGAAAAAAGCUUAGUAUCGGCGGUAUAAACUCAAAAAUCGUCUGCAAAUGCUGUGACUUUUACUCCGGCUUCACCUCCCACGUGGCCGAUGGAGUUCUCCGACUUGUUCUCACCAAGAUCCACACCAAUACUCCACGUCCUCCUUGCCUCUCGUUUCUUGGUGGCCCUGACGGAGAAGAUCCCUAUGGCGCGGAUCCUCACGAUACGGAUCCUCACGGUUUUCCCCCAUCAUCGGAUCCUAAUGACCCUAACUUGACGGGUCCGAUACUGAUGCCACACCCAUGUGUGGGCCAAGGAUCGCAGAGGGCUUAUGAGUCUAAGGUGCUUCAAAACGGUGGUCUAUACGUCCGUGUAGACAUGCCCGGGGUUCCCAAAGAGAACCUCACCGUCUCAGUCAUGAAUGGGAGAGUGAAGGUGACUGGUGAAGCUCCUGCUCAUGGCCACGACUCAGCUGGCCGUUUCUACUCUGGUGACGUGGCUGUGCUCUCUACUCCUGUCGACCUUCCGGUUCGUAAGAUCAAGACCAUUGCCAAGAAUGGUGUGAUUCGUUUGGUCAUCCCUCCCGUUUGAUGUGAUUUCGUGAUGAAACUUUGUGUUUGGGUCUAUUAAGUCUGUUUUUCUAGAGUGGACCCUUUUAUUUGGGUUAAUGUCAUUGUUUUAAGGACUAUGUCGUUUUAUGUUUUAGUACUUUGGUUGGAUAUAUCUCAACGACAAAGCAUAUUUUGAUGUGUUUCAACGACACACGUUAUUUUGUCUAAA